UUUCCAGCUGAAUCCAGAGAUAGUUAUUACUAUCAGCAUAAUCUUGAAUCACAGAUCAGAAGGGAAUAAUUCCAUUUCACACAUAGCAUCAUUCCCUCAUCAAAAUCUUCUCCUACUUUUAUCUUCUGUUCAAUCAAACCUGUUUACUUCAACAAAUCCAAUCUUCUUUCUCAAACCCUAAAUCCAUAGCAAAAAUCAAGAAUCUCGACAAUUUCGAAGAAAAUGGCAAAAACAGAUGAAAUUCACACCAUUUCCUUAUCAUUCACUGAUUUCCCAGAAGAUGUGCAGCUCUGUAUCCUCUCAUUUCUCACCCCUUUAGAUAUCUCCAAUUUCGCCUGCACUUCAAAGCGCUUCGUCUCUCUUUGCCGUGAUGACCCAAGACUCUGGUUUUCCAUGUGUCACCGCAAAUGGGGAUCCAAAACCCAUAUUAACAAAUGGGUUAGUAACGGUAAAUUCUCAUAUAAGCUUCUUUACAAUACCCUUUUAGAGUAUGAGAAUCUCAUUGGCUUCUGGCGCCUCAGUGGUGCUGAUUCUGAUACUGAUUCCCCUUUAAUCUUUUUUGAGUGGGGUCCAUUUUAUAUAGCUGGUUCAAGGGUCAAACCCGCAAGAAAUUGUACUUAUGGAGUGAUAAAGUCGCCAUUUUUAUGGAUGGGUUUUAACUCUAAGGGUGAAGUUGUCAAUUAUCUCGAUCCUGAAGGGAGGGUUGAGUUGUUAUCUGAAAAUGUGAUGAAUUUUGAUGAUUUGGGUUUUGGGGAGAGUGAAUUGAUUCAGGUGAAUGUGAAUUUCAUGGGAAAAACUCAUGUUGUUCUGGAAGAAAAUUGUGGCAGUGCACUUGGGUAUUCUGGUAAUUCUCCACAGAAUAGAGGAGGAUUCAGGAAAGUUUCAAGCUCAGGGAACAUGAGGGGAGAGGAGUAUGAGGAUUUAUGUGGGUCCCCUGGAAGCUUGCCAGAUAGGUUGAUGUCCGAGAUUUAUCAGUAUUUCGCCAACAAGACGAGUCCCGGUGGGAACGGGUCAUCGAGGAGGCAGAGAAGGAAGGAGAAGGAAAGACAGGGGAAAAGGAAGUGGGAGCCUGAACAUUAUGUGAAAAUCGUGAAUUGCUCGCCUACACCAGCCAGGCCUUUACAGGGCUUGUGGAAGGGAUUCUGUGAUGACAUGACUUUGGAGUUCUUCCUUGUCUCUUAUGAUGAUGUUGGUGGUAUCGCUUGCAGAAGGGUUGUGGAAUUAUGUAAACCUUUCUCUGCCUAUGCCCUAGUAUUUUGGACUUCAAAUACCACGUUCAUUGAGUCGCCUUUAUCUUCAGAAGAAGAAAACAUAUAUGAGAGUCGUAUACAUAUUCGGCCCCUUGCUGAAGCUGAUGACCCAUGUGAGAUUCUGCCUAGUUCUGACAAAGGAGUAGUUUUGCGCAUGCUUUGCAUGAACUCAAGCUACGACUUGGUUAUUCCUGAUUUGGCAGGAAGCACUGUAAAUUCUAGGCAGGCGGAGGGAAGGAUUUGGCAGUAUGAAAAUGGGACAUUUGGAUAUGGGUUUCUGCGAGACAAUUACAUUAUAGACUUGAAGCAUAUUGCUCAAAAUGGUCAGAUGUUUGACACAGCAGAUAUUUCUAGUGAUUGAUCUUGCUGCAUACAUUAGUCAGACAAACAGAAGUGCAGAAGGAAAUUUCCUAUUUAUAUUCUUUGUACAUAUUAGUUGGUUCUUGAUGCCGGCAAGAUUCUGGCUUUGUUGUAACAUUUCGCGACAAUAAAAAAUUGAUUUCAAUGUAAACUAGGUAUUUUCAAGCUUCCUUUUCUUUGAAUGGAUAGAACUCUUUUCCUACUCUU